AUGCCUGCAUUCGCUGCCCUGACAAGCGACGAAGCCAGAGAACGGAAAGCAGAAUCGAGUAGACCAGGCACAUUCGCUGUGGUCGUGACACCCGAGAGCUUCUCCGAGCUACCAGAGUACGCUGGAACGAGCUCUCCAGAAAGCAGGCGUGGAAGCGUCCAGUCGUCAGUCAGCAGCCUCGCAGCCCACGUUUCUUCCGCUGGAAGAGCAUCAGGCCGAAGCCAAACAGAUCCAAACGUUGUGGUCCUGGACCGAUUUGAGGAUAUACCGUUACCACCCGCUGGCUUCUACUCGUCGCCGACCGACGCACGGCGACCGAGCCUCCCGGACCGGAUACAGUACCUUUCCAUCGACACACGUCGUCCUUCUAUGCCGCAGAACCUGCUUUCAUCCCCUCAAUCUACGCAGAUGAUUGCCAUGGACGAUCCGUUCGUAUCACACUUCCGGCGAUAUGUCCUACCGCGGCUGGUACAGCCUCGGUUAGAAGAGACGUCUAAAGACCUGUCGAUCUCAAGAACGAGAGAUAUCUUCGAGAUCGAGGCCCGUCGCUUCGCGCCAUUACAUCAAGCAAUCUGCGCAUUGAGUGCUCUCAACCUCUCCUACAACGGCGCCGCGAGCGUAGAUGCCGCUCACUCGCACUACGGACGAGCUCUCCAACCGCAAACAGCAACGACUAGUCAAGAUGAGCUCUUAUCGAACGGCGCCUUCCUCCGUCACUUCCUGCUCUUCAUCUACGACGUUUGCAUCCCCAUGCAGCAUGAUAAAGGGGCAGCGAACAUGUGGGCCAUUCACCUCGAUCACCUACAGCGUAUAGCUGUUCUACGCCAUGACACGUUGGGUCCUGAAAGACACGGCUAUCUGCUUUGGGCUAUCUGCGAGCUGGACGUGUACGCCUGUUUGUUGGGCAGUGGAGACUGCAGCUUCGUUCGGACAUUACUGCAGCACCAGAUGAUGCCCGGGUUGGACCAGCAGAUCCCGCAGCCGGCGAGCUCGACGGGCCCUUUCUUCCCAAACGAGGUGCAGGUGUUUCCGCCGAUCCUUGCUUUACGGCAUGGCGUAAUGAUGCGACUUGCGAAGAUUGCUCAAACUGCGCAGACAUUCAGGCGAGAAGCGACGAACCCCAGCGGAGUAUCACCAGGAGCAUAUGCGAGAUGGCAGUCAAUAGCCUCCCAGCUCCAAGCCGAACUCGCUUCCUUCUGGCAGCAAGCCUACCCACCAUUCCUGCCCCCUUCAUCCCCCACCUCCGCCCAUGACCUCUCACCCCGCCCCCGCCAAAUCCACGACCAAGCCUUCCUCCUCCACCACCUCGCCACCCUCUACCUUCGCACCAGCAUGUUCCCGCGCCAACGCAGCCUCCCGCUCUCCAACCAGCACGAACUCCAAACCGACACCGAAACCCGCGUCUCCUCCAUCCUCGCCUCCGCCACCCUGCAACUGCAAGCCCGACAGUUGGAGAGACGGGACGUUAUCUUCCCGCUCUUCAUCGCCGGGUACGCGACGACGCAGCCGGAUCUCAAGAUCCAGGCGCUGGAUCUGAUGAAGGCGUUUGAGGGGCAGGGGGUGGGGCAGAACACGUUCACGACGAGAAGGUUGUUGGGUGCGGUGUACGAGGAGCAGCGAAGGCGCGUGGAGGGGGGCGGGAGGAUGGAGGAGGUGGAGUGGAUGCGGGUGGCGCGGGAGAGGGGGUUGGGGGUGGUGAAUUGUGGGUUAUAA